AUGAUUUUCAGUCGCGGGCCGAUCAAAUGCUAUCAGUGCGAAUCAUUAUCGCAACCAGAUUGUGAAUCAAGCGAUCGAGCAAAACUCAGUUCAUUUGUACAGUUAUGCCCACUUCUUUCUGAAGGUACAUUUGCAGGAAUGGAGCCAAUCGCUUGCCGAAAAAUACUUCAGGUUUGUUUCGCAAUAAUUCGAACAAUUCGAGAAUGCGCCUAUUCGGGUGAUAAGAAUUUAAAUGGAUUGCGUAAACAAGGAAAUAAAGCAAUAAAACUGUUCUAUUAUCAGUGUGAAAAUGCUGUAGAUGCUAAGGUUUUAAACAUUAUUUUUUUUAGGUGA